AUAUAAAUUAAUCUACUCACAAAUAUUUAUUUCUAUUUAUUUACCCCUUUCUUACACCGCUCUCUGUACUAAGAACUGCCUCUGCAACCACAGCGCCCUGAUUGGCCCUGUAGACGCUGACCUCCCCGCAAGCGCUGCCCGCCAAACCCUGCGAGCGCGCAACAACAGCUCCAAAGCUUUUGCAACCACCAAAGCCUCAAAACCACCAUCGCCAUUGUCUCUCCUCUUCACGACGCCGUAUCUCAACACCUCCAAUCAUUUUUCAAACCCAAGAAUUCUUCAUCUUCCGAUUCAUCGCUAAGAACAACAACAUCCUCCUCCGCCUCCUCCGCCCAACACACUUGCUUAACCCGCCACCACCCACCCCAUCAUCACCACCACCCAGGCACAAGAUCACCUCCUUCGCGCCCAUCAUGGCCCAGCAGCCCUCUACACCAGUCAAAGUGCCUGCGUCGGCGACGACAUACUCUCCCGCGACCCUCGAUCCCGACUUGCGAUCGCAAAUAAACACAAUUCUGCUACGUGACGGCCACGUCUCCAAAAUCCAAGAACGCCUCCUCCACACACUCAACUCCAACGCCUCCAACUGGCCCACGGCACUCCAAGACCACGCCCUCACGCUCCUCCGCUCCGGCCAAGUACAGACCUUCCCCGCGCUACUCCGACAAGUCCUCGACGAUAUCCAAGAAGCCUCGGCAGCAUCCUCGUCGUCCACAUCUCCAAAUAAGUCGAAACCGAAAGCGAACGGCGUCAACGGCACAGCGGCAGACAAGUCGGCGCUCGCUGUGCCGCAAGUCGUCGUGGACGAGGUACUCAGCGUGACGAGGGAGUGUCUUAAAGACGUGUGCGAGAUUGAAGAGCCCAACGGACGAGUGAAUUGAACGAAUUUUCGACAAACAUCAAAGAAACAUCGGCAAUAGAGAGCAACGAAGAAGAGAGAAAUGACAAAAAAAUACACAUAAACAUGUCCGGCCCGGAUAACGGACAAUCGAAUGGAAGCGAAAAGAAUCAAAUCAAAUCAUGAUAAAUAUAUAAUCAUGGCGAGCAGCAUCUCUUUUGCUUGGACGCUGCGAAACUGUCCAAGGGGAAUCUCUGCUCGACCACGGCGUUGGUACACAUUGUUCAGUCUUUUUUUGUUGUUUUCAUAAACAUAUGGCGUCUAUUUGGCCUGUAUUUUUUGUAACACUGUUAAAUAUAUUUUUCUAUUUACUGUAAAGUUCACUUCUCCUGUGUCAAUACUUCCAUGUCAACGCCAAGAUAUCGAUUGAUGGCCACCACUUGUGUCGUUGCCAUGGACAAGACAUCGACAUGCCCAUUCUAGAACCACUACACAAUCAGACACAUACACAAGCUACAGCCAUAAAAUCUAUCAUAAGGGAAUCAAUUGCACAUCUAUCAAACUAAUCUUAUCGAGCUGUCUUGCGAUGCGAGAAACAUGUCCGACGUAAAAACAAUGCGGCUCUGCAGCCAGGGGCGCGAAGACCUCCUCUCACUAUUUAAAGCAUCACCUCUCGCAACUGACCUGACGCGUCCUAAAAUACAAAGUUCGUGGGACCUUCUUGGUCCGGAAAAUAACUGGUUUAAUCGUAAAGACCGUCAUCGUUGCCGGCGUCACCAAAGGAGUCGCCACCAGCACCACCGGCGGCAGCACCAUCCUCGGGGAACGAGAAGAAGGCACCGGGGCCGGCAUUCUUCAUCUGCUGAGAAAAGGCCUCGUAGCGGCGAAUCUCAACGUCAGAGACGGAGCGGCGGGCCAUCUGCAUGGCCUCGGCAAAGUGAGCCUUGGUCAGCUCAGGAACGGGGUCCUCAGCAUCCUCAUCAACCUCCAUCUCGUCACCAGCAGCCUCGCGAGCCUUGGUGCGCUCAAUGUCGGCAGUAAUGGCCUCCUUGAUGGCAAUCUUGACGGCGCGCUGGGUAAUGAAACCAAGAUCGGCAGGAGAGAAGCCGUUGGUUUUGGAGGCAAUGUAGCCGAGGUCGACAUCGUCGGCAACGGGGGUCUUGCGGAGCUGGGCCUUGAGAACGCUCAAUCGUCCAGGCUCGUCGGGCAGAGGAACGUAGAUGAGCGAGUCAAGACGGCCGGGACGGCACAGGGCAGGGUCAAGCUGCUCGGGUCUGUUGGUGGCACCAAUGACGAAGACGUUCUUCUUGGAGGUCAUGCCGUCCAUUUCGGUAAGAAGCUGGUUGACGACACGGUCAGAGGCACCGCCGGCAUCACCGACAGAGCCACCACGGGCCUUGGCAAUGGAAUCCAACUCAUCGAGGAAAACAACACAAGGAGCGGCAGCGCGAGCCUUGUCGAAAAUGUCACGAAUGUUGGACUCGGAUUCACCAAACCACAUGGAAAGCAGCUCAGGACCCUUGACGGAAAUGAAGUUGGCAGCGCACUCGUUGGCGACGGCCUUGGCCAACAUAGUCUUACCGGUACCGGGGGGUCCGUAGAACAGAACACCUCGGGAGGGAGACAUGCCAAACUUGAGGAACUUUUCGGGGUGAUCGACGGGAUACUGGACACUCUCGCGGAGAUCCUGCUUGACCUGCUCGAGACCACCAAUAUCCUCCCAGCGGACGUUGGGAACCUCGACAACGGCAACCUCGCGAAGGGCAGAGGGGUUGGAGACGCCAAGAGCGAAGCGGAAGUUCUCCAUGGUGACACCGAGGGACUCAAGGACCUCAACGUCAAUGGUGUCCUCGUCAAGAUCAAUGAGGUCCAUCUUCUCACGAAUCUGCUGCAUGGCAGCCUCAGAGCAGAGGGCAGCCACAUCGGAACCGACGUAACCGUGGGUCUCGGCAGCAAUCUGCUCCAGGUCGACAUCGUCGCCAAGCUUCAUGUUCUUUGUGUGGAUCUGGAGAAUCUCAAGACGACCGGUAGGGUCGGGGAUACCAAUGUCGACUUCGCGAUCGAAACGGCCGAAACGUCGGAGGGCAGGGUCGAUGGAGUUGGGACGGUUAGUGGCGGCCAUGACGACAACGUUGGAGCGAGCCUUCAUGCCGUCCAUGAGGGUAAGCAGCUGGGAGACGACACGGCGCUCGACUUCACCGUUAGUCUUGUCACGCUUGGGGGCAAUUGAGUCGAUUUCGUCAAUGAAAAUAAUGGCGGGAGAGUUCUUCUCAGCCUCCUCGAAAGCCUUGCGCAAGUUGGACUCGGAUUCACCGGCCAUCUUGGACAUGAUUUCGGGACCGUUGAUGAGGAAGAAGAAGGCACCAGUCUCGUUGGCAACGGCACGAGCCAUCAGUGUCUUACCAGUACCAGGAGGACCGUAGAGCAAGACACCACGAGGGGGCUUGAUACCAAUGGACUUGAAGAGCUGCGGGUGGCGCAGAGGAAGCUCAACCAUUUCACGGAUCUGAGCCAUCUGCUUGCGACAGCCACCAAUAUCGUCGUAGCCAACCUCGUUGAGGUUAUUCUCUUCCUCAUCACGCUCAAUGGGGUCGCCUUCACAGUGGAUGACGGUGUCCUGGGCAACGAUACCGUACUCUGGAGGGUCAACCUCGACGACCUUGAACUCGACCUGUCUCAUACCACCACGGACAAUGAAGAGAUCUCCUUGUCGCAGAGGGCGGUAGUUUUCAAGGAAGUAGUCUUUGAGGUAGGCAUCGAAGAGGUUGCCCGUGAUGCCCUCAACGGUGUCGGCAAUGGGGAGAAUGGCAACGCGCUUGGCCUAGAGAGGGUGUUAGACGGGAAAUUAGGCGGUGAAGGGGAUUUUAAAAGGAAGAGUACGCACGUAUUUGAUGUCAGGGCAAGGCAAGACGGUAAUCAUAUCGCCGUGCUUGACGCGGAGGUUGUGGCGGACGACUCGGUUGAUGCGGGCGCUGCCCUCGUCGAGCUCCUCAUCGGCGAGGACGACGAGGACGGUGUCCUUUCUCUUCUUGCCUCGGACGAGGACGGUAUCACCACGGAAGAGCUGGAGAGCGUCCAUGGUGGCCUCGGAGAGGGCGAUAAUACUGUUGUCAUCGUUGACGGCGUCGGUGACCCUGAUGGAGAUGGUUAGCGCGGCGUCUAGCGGGAGGAGGCUGGGCGUGGUGGGCAGCAGCUUACAUCAACUGGUUAGGCUUCUUCUUCUUCUUGAGAAUGGCGGUCGAAGUGUCAUCUUCCUAUAGACAAGUCAGUCGAAGCUCCUCGGGAAGUAUUGCGGAUGGAUUGGUUGGUCGUACGUUCUUGAUCUCCGCACCAGAAGGGUCACUGCGGGAUGGAUGGUUAGCAAGCGGAAAGCAAUGCGGCGGAUGGAGGGCGUCGCAACACCCCCAAAACGAUAACAACUUACGUCAAGUUGACCUUCUUCUUGGGCUCUUCAGGCUGAGAAGACAUGAUGGAUGAUGGGAUGGCUUGUUGUGCGGAAUCGGAGUAGCUGAGUUGCCUAGGCACUCACAGACGGAGCAAGCUUGUACACAAGGAUGUCUGGCGCACAAAGGGACAGGAAAGAAAAUGAGAGGUGCGCGGUAUAAAAACAGAUUGCAACUUUCGUCAGGCCCGGGCGGGAAAGUCGAUGAGUUGCGGCAAAGGAGGAUGGAGGAAGAGGCAAAAGGCAGGAUGGAAAGAGGAAGAAGGCGGCGUUUGCUUAGCA